AUGCAGUUUGUCAAGUGUGGCUUUGCUGGCUCCAACUUCCCAGAGCAUAUCUUCCCUGCCUUGGUGGGUCGGCCCAUCAUCCGGUCAAACACCAAAGUCGGAAACAUUGAGAUUAAGGUGAGGUCAUAUUUGAGAGGUAGCCUAAUAUCUUAAAAUUGCCACGUCUGUACUCUGUAUACAUACUUCUGAAUGAUCAAAUGCAUCCAAACCAACUCCCUUUUUGACCCCCAACCCUGGCCCUGACCUCCAACCUCUAACCCCUAACCUCUAGGACCUGAUGGUGGGUGAUGAGGCCAGUGAGUGUCGUUCCAUGCUAGAGGUGUCCUACCCCAUGGACAACGGCAUGGUGCGCUCCUGGGAAGACAUGCUCCAUCUGUGGGACCACACCUUUGGCCCCGAGCGCCUCGACAUCAGUCCCCCAGACUGCAAGGUCACUAUUAUUUAAUUUUUAAUUUUCCUUUAAUAACCUUUUUUUAUACAGGUUACUGUGAUUGAGAUAAAAUCAAAUUUUUGCAAGAGAGACAUGGGUAUGAAAUCCAUUUAGUCUCUUAAACGUCUGAAGUUUUAGUAGACUAUUAUGAAAAUGGUUAGUUUAGAAAACACUUUUCACAUUUCCCUGCCUUCUGUAUAUGUUGUAAUGUUGGGGAUCAAUUAAGUUACAUUUGAUUCAAGGUGCUGCUGACGGAACCGCCCAUGAACCCCACUAAGAACCGUGAGAAGAUCGCUGAGGUCAUGUUUGAGACCUACCAGUUCCACGGCAUCUACGUCGCCAUCCAGGCCGUGCUCACACUCUAUGCCCAGGGUAAGGGGAGACCAGACCCAAAGACAUGGCUCUCCCUAUAUUAUAUAAUGAUAUACUGUAGUAUAAAUGCCUAGACUUUAGCUCGGCGGGCUAACACAGUCUUGUAGGGCGCUGGUUCAAACCCACAGUCACUUUCAUACUGUCUGUUAUGUGACCCUGUGUGUCCUGCCCUGUCCUGUCUAGGUUUGUUGACAGGCGUGGUUGUGGAUUCUGGGGACGGGGUGACCCAUAUAUGUCCUGUGUAUGAGGGCUACUCUCUACCCCACCUCACACGCAGGCUGGACAUCGCAGGACGUGACAUCACGCGCUACCUCAUCAAGGUGUGUUACAACGUAUAUUAUCAUCCUGUCACCUUAUGAAGAAAACUAUGCUUUUCUGUCCCUUGUGUCAAUCAUAAUCAAUGCAAAAUUCUUUAAAAUUGACAGUUGAAUUUGUUUUUCGUUAUGUAUGGUCCUAGAAGAACUGUUUAUAUAUUUAUGUUCAUCUACAUCACCUCUGAUCCCUCUCAGUUGCUGUUGCUGCGUGGCUAUGCCUUCAACCACUCGGCUGACUUUGAGACGGUCCGCAUGCUGAAGGAGAAGCUGUGCUACGUGGGAUACAACAUCGAGCAGGAGCAGAGACUGGCUACAGAGACCACCGUGCUGGUGGAGUCAUACAUGGUACUGUAGAUAACGCCCCGCCUCUCAUGUCAACAGAGAGAAUGUUCAUUAUUAUUUAUGUAUGGUCUCUUAGCCUGGAAAGGCAAUCUGUUUCUGUGUUCAUAGCAAUGUUGCAAAACUCUACAACAGUCUGACACCCAGGGUAACAGAUAUAAAUGUUUAGCCUAUACAGUGGGGGAAAAAAGUAUUUAGUCAGCCACCAAUUGUGCAAGUUCUCCCACUUAAAAAGAUGAGAGAGGCCUGUAAUUUUCAUCAUAGGUACACGCCAACUAUGACAGACAAAAUGAGAUUUUUUUUUCCAGAAAAUCACAUUGUAGGAUUUUUUAUGAAUUUAUUUGCAAAUUAUGGUGGAAAAUAAGUAUUUGGUCAAUAACAAAAGUUUCUCAAUACUUUGUUAUAUACCCUUUGUUGGCAAUGACACAGGUCAAACGUUUUCUGUAAGUCUUCACAAGGUUUUCACACACUGUUGCUGGUAUUUUGGCCCAUUCCUCCAUGCAGAUCUCCUCUAGAGCAGUGAUGUUUUGGGGCUGUCGCUGGGCAACACGGACUUUCAACUCCCUCCAAAGAUUUUCUAUGGGGUUGAGAUCUGGAGACUGGCUAGGCCACUCCAGGACCUUGAAAUGCUUCUUACGAAGCCACUCCUUCAUUGCCCGGGCGGUGUGUUUGGGAUCAUUGUCAUGCUGAAAGACCCAGCCACGUUUCAUCUUCAAUGCCCUUGCUGAUGGAAGGAGGUUUUCACUCAAAAUCUCACGAUACAUGGCCCCAUUCAUUCUUACCUUUACACGGAUCAGUCGUCCUGGUCCCUUUGCAGAAAAACAGCCCCAAAGCAUGAUGUUUCCACCCCCAUGCUUCACAGUAGGUAUGGUGUUCUUUGGAUGCAAUUCAGCAUUCUUUGUCCUCCAAACACGACGAGUUGAGUUUUUACCAAAAUGUUUUAUUUUGUUUUCAUCUGACCAUAUGACAUUCUCCCAAUCCUCUUUUGGAUCAUCCAAAUGCACUCUAGCAAACUUCAGACGGGCCUGGACAUGUUCUGGCUUAAGCAGGGGGACACGUCUGGCACUGCAGGAUUUGAGUCCCUGGCGGCGUAGUGUGUUACUGAUGGUAGGCUUUGUUACUUUGGUCCCAGCUCUCUGCAGGUCAUUCACUAGGUCCCCCCGUGUGGUUCUGGGAUUUUUGCUUGUGAUCAUUUUGACCCCACGGGGUGAGAUCUUGCGUGGAGCCCCAGAUCGAGGGAGAUUAUCAGUGGUCUUGUAUGUCUUCCAUUUCCUAAUAAUUGCUCCCACAGUUGAUUUCUUCAAACCAAGCUGCUUACCUAUUGCAGAUUCAGUCUUCCCAGCCUGGUGCAGGUCUACAAUUUUGUUUCUGGUGUCCUUUGACAGCUCUUUGGUCUUGACCAUAAUGGAUUUGGAGUGUGACUGUUUGAGGUUGUGGACAGGUGUCUUUUAUACUGAUAACAAGUUCAAACAGGUGCCAUUAAUACAGGUAACGAGUUGAGGACAGAGGAGCCUCUUAAAGAAGAAGUUACAGGUCUGUGAGAGCCAGAAAUCUUGCUUGUUUGUAGGUGACCAAAUACUUAUUUUCCACCAUAUUUUGCAAAUAAAUUCAUAAAAAAUCCUACAAUGUGAUUUUCUGGAAUUUUUUUCCUCAAUUUGUCUGUCAUAGUUGACGUGUACCUAUGAUGAAAAUUGCAGGCCUCUCUCAUCUUUUUAAGUGGGAGAAAUUGCACAAUUGGUGGCUGACUAAAUACUUUUUUCCCCCACUGUAGCUACUAUAGCUACAUUGUAUACCAAUCAUGACAUAAAAUGAAAUACAUCAGAAAAGUAAGUAAUAUAAUAAUAUACCAUUUAGUAGACACUUUAUCCAAAGCGACUUACAGUCAUGCACAUUUUUUUUUAAAAGUAUGGGUGGUCCUGGGAAUUGAACCCAAUAUCCUGACAUUGCAAAGCCAUGCUCUACCAACUGAGCUACAGAGAACCACAGUAUUUACUAACCCUCUCUCUGCUACAGCUACCUGACGGUCGUCAGGUGAUGGUGGGAGGGGAGCGGUUUGGAGCCCCAGAGGCCCUCUUCCAGCCCCACCUCAUCAACGUAGAGGGAGCAGGCGUGGCUGAACUGCUGUUCAACACCAUCCAGGCUGCUGACAUAGAUCUCAGGUCAGAGAUACACCACCCUGCUGCUGGUCUCCACAUGGUUUAACAACUACUGUAGCCUCGUCCUGUACUGUGUGGUGCUGUAGCUAACAUUCCUAUUGUUUGUUUUAAUGCCAUACAAGUGGAGGAGGCUAGCCUAUAGUGUACACUGCACUGUAGGCCCAUGCUAGAGUUAGAGAUCUGUGCAAGAGUUGUUACAUAAUUGUUCUAUAUAUGUGGAUAUUACACAUAAUUAGACACAUUCCAUAGGUGUGUACGAACCCAAGCUAUUUCGUUUUAUAGCUGUACUAAAUAUAUGAAGCCAUGGUAUUAUAAACCUAUGGUUGACCUAUUAAAUGUAAAUUAUAACUGUAUGCAUACAUACAUACUUUAUGUCUGAUUCCAUAUUGUUUCUCCCUCCUGAAGGUCUGACUUGUACAAGCACAUUGUUCUGUCAGGAGGCACCACCAUGUACCCCGGCCUUCCCUCCAGACUGGAGAGAGAGAUCAAACAGCUGUACCUGGAGAAGGUGCUGCAGGGGGACACUGAGAAACUCUCUGUAAGCACACACACAUGCGUGGAAGCACACAGACACACACACACGCACACGCGGGGAAACGCACACAUGCACGCACAUGCACACACAUGUAUGGACACGGACACACACACACACACACACACACACACUACAAUAAGUAAACCUGUGUAAUGACAGAAAUGGUAUUAUGUGUUCCUUUAUCUUAGUUUACCAUAUAUUUCUCUACCCACUCCCCCUUCCCUCCCUCUCUGCAGAAGUUUAAGAUCCGCAUUGAGGACCCCCCAAGCCGUAAACACAUGGUGUUCAUGGGUGGAGCGGUGCUGGCCAACAUCAUGAAGGACAAG